UUGUUUUUCCUUACUGGCAAUUUUGACGGGCGAGAAAUGCGCCGUUUAAUUGAAAUUACGUUUAAUUUGAUUAGAAUUCAAAUCGGCCUGGCCGGCGCCGCCGGCAGAUGGCGGGACGUUCGCGUAAAGCAGGUUCCUACAUUUUUGAUGGAAGGUCGAUGAGAUUCCUAUGUUAUCGGCAGUUCGUAUAAUUUUUUGAGGUUAUGUAGACGACAAUACAGUGUGGAAUAAUAUUUACUCAACUUUAACAUAGGAGUCUUUGCUCAAUAUGAAUGAACUCAGUUGCGAAAUUGCACAAAGAUCAAUUACUUUUUUACACAAGUUGGCGCUGAAUGAUUCUUUAAAAGUUCCCGCUUUAUUGACGAAUUACUCAACAAAAUGUACGUUGUUAGAGUUCAACAAACAAUUACACUUACCUACGAGACUAAAAAAAAACUUAGUGAAAUGUAGUAAAUGUUUGAUAUAUUUUAAAAAUGGACAAAGUGUGUAUAAAAUUAAAAAAAAUGAAAGAUCCAAAUUUGCAAACAGAGUUCUAAAGAAAAAUAAUGAUGUGAGUAAAAAACUUACAAGUUUCCAGAGAAAUUAUUUGAAGCAUAUUGGUAACAAACUUGAUAACACAUUGAAUAUUACAUGUCAGUUUUGUAACAAAGAAACAAAUAUACACCUAACCAAACCUGCAAAAUUAAAAGAUGUUGGCCCAGUCAAUCAAAAAUCAAAAAGGAAAAAGAAGAAAAAGGACCAGUUUGCAGGUCUCAAUAAAAAUGUUGUAUUGCAAAUUAAUAAAAACAAUGCAAAACAUCAAGUGACGCCGUCUUCAACAAAAUCUAAUCAAAAAACAAAUGACAGCAUAGUGAUUAUAACAGACACUCCAGAAAAACCUGACAAGUCUGACAAAACAGAAACACCAAUACGAUUCAAAAAUUUGAAAUUCAAACCAAAACCUGAGGUUAAAGAAAAACCUAAAUUACAAACAAUUGAUCCAAACAGUAAAAGUGCAAAAAAGAAGAAGAAUUCUUUGAAUAAAUUGAAAAAUCAAUUAUCUUCUACUCCUGAAAAUUCACCAGUGUCAAAGUUACAGCUCUUUUUGAAUUCAUUGACUUAAUAAACUUGUUACAUUUACAAA